AUGUGUAAGUGUCUUGUUUCGCCUGUUCUUCAUGGAAUAAUCAUACUUAUUAUUUCUGACGUUGGCAUCGUAUUCACCUCCCUCAGCGUUAUUGGGUAUUCCAACGUGCCCUCAGAAGAAAAAUAUUAUAGAGCCACAACAUGUAAGAUUGAACGUAUUCUCGGUUGUUCAAAAACUGUAUGCCACGAAUGGACGAAAAGCAUGCCGUUAAAUGAUUGCUUUGGUCUCCAGUUGAACGUUAGCUAUGUCGUCGCGACGCGUGCAAGGAAUCACUAUCUAACAAGAGUGAACUCGUCAGAUCUUUGUUACUACAAUAUAAACAAUCAUAAUGAAGUGAAAUGGGACAAGUUCAACGUUACUCCCUAUUUAGUCAUGUUUAUUUCCGGUGUUCCUUUAAUAUUCAUUGCGAUAUUAUAUUUAAUUAUAGUCACCAGGAAAUGCCCCGUUGUAGAGUCCGGCCAAGAGCUCAGCCCUGAACGAGAGCAGAUGCUUAAUAGCUUUUUUAUGUCCUUCUGA